UUACCCAAUCCAAGAGGCAGGCAGUCAUGCGGAUGGAAACAGCAGUGGCCAUCCGCUGUACCGCACGAAGAAGAAACUUCGAGGAAAGAUGCACGAAGAGGAUGGCAGCGAAACAAACUCCUGCACAGCUUCGCGGAUCGUGGCCUCCAGGUCUAUGGAUGUGGCCGAGGUCGAGGGCGCGAAGGAGCAGGCCUCCAAGCUGUGCGGCUACUUGAACAAACUGUCCGGCAAGGGGCCUCUGAGGGGUUACAAGCCGAGGUGGUUCGUGUAUGACCCGAGAAAAUGUUAUUUGUAUUACUUCAAGACUCCCCAGGAUGCCUUGCCACUCGGGCACAUCGAAAUAGGCGACGCGUGCUUCUGUUACGAUGUGGAGGGGGAAGAGGGUCAGUUUGAGAUCCGCACGGCCGGGAAGGAGUUCCUCCUGAAGGCCCCCAGCAAACAGGUGAUGCAUUACUGGCUCCAGCAGUUGCAGCAGAAACGUUGGGAGUAUAGCAAUACACGAGGCUCCAGCCAGAGAGACAGCUGGAGCUCCCCGACUUUGGCCUACCCUCCUUCUGGCCUAGUAGGCAAAGACAAUGAUAGCUUCGUCUUUGACAAGCUAAGUGACAGCAUGGAGAAGGUCCGCAACGACUUUGCCAUGGAGACAGAAACGGAUGGUGGAGGGAUGGUGGGGAUCCAGUCAGCCAGAGGACCCUCUGCUGCGUCCACAAACCCCCUCAACUUCUCUCUCAAAAACUUUGGUACAGAACUCAGGAACUCCAUGUCUUAUCUGCGGCAGGGCAGAGGAGCUGAGAGCAGGCGCAGUGUGUUUUACACCAGUAACAACAGCACGGAGGAGUGGGAGCUGGUGGAUGCCCCACCCAAGGACUUCCCUGAUCAGAAACAUCACCCAGACACCCACAGACAUUCUUUUGGAUCAGCAUUCACUUUCGACUUUGUGCGCAACUCGACGCGGCCUAAGAGGCCUUUGCUUCGGGACAUGAUGGGCCCUGGGAGGUUUGGGCGCAGCGCUGAGACGCGCAGCGCUGAAAACUCCCCAGUGGAGUGUAACGGCAGCAAAUCUUUGGAGGUGCAGCUUCGCCUCCAAAGCCAACAGGAAGAACUGAGCUGUAUGACGCAGGAGCAGGCCAAACUCAGAGAGGAGCUGGCCAGUCAGAAGGAGCUGGUGAGACUUCUACAGCAGACUCUCAGGACAUCUCAGAGUGAAAGGCCGACAGUGUGCCGUCCAGCCCCGGCUCCUGAUUCAUCUGCAGCCUCAGACCAGAACCAGGCUUCGGAAGAAACCCAGAAAGAAAUGGAGCAGUUGCAGAUCCUGCUUGAAGAAAGAGAUGGGCAGAUCCAGUCCCUCUGUGGCCACAUGGAGCGCCUCGCUUUGGAGAAGGACAGCUUGCAACAGGAGCUGAAGGGCCUGAAGAUAAAGGUGGGGGAGAUGAAUGACCAGCUAGGGAUGCUGAUGGAGACCAUUCAAGCAAAGGACGAAGUCAUCAUAAAGCUGUCGCAGCAGAGCUCCGAGCACAGUGGAAAUCCAAAUGACGCCAGUUCACCACUUCCCAGCAAAGAGCAGCAGGAGCUGGACAUCCUCAAGGACGGUCUUCAAGGAUACAAAUCUCAGAACAAGUUCCUGAACAAAGAGAUCCUAGAGCUGACAGUAUUACGCAGGAACGCAGAGAGUAGAGAAAAAGCUUUAGAAGCAAAGAAUACGGCCCUGGAGGCCAAGUUGUGUCAGGUGGAGAGUAAGUAUCUAGUGCUGCUUCAAGAAGUGAAGACCCCAGUGUGUUCGUCGUCAGAGCAGAGCCCUGCCCAUGAGGUAAUUUCCAGAUUACUAGAGGAUGCACUGCAGGCAGAGGGCCCUGACCAGCAAGAGCACCCCAUCUUCAAGCCAACCACUGUCAGUGAGUAUGACAUGUAUGGCUUCAAGACGGUGCCUGAGGAAGAGGAAGAGGAGGAGAAGCUGGUGGCGAAGGUGAGAGCUCUAGAGCUGAAGUCUCUGUCCAUGACAAAUCAGGAGGUGUCCGUCGGCGUAAAGUGGGAGAACUAUCUGACCAGCAACAUGAACAGAGACCUGGUGCGUUCCACUGAGCUCAAAGCCCUGAUUCGCUGCGGUGUGCCCCACGAGCACCGGUCAAAGGUGUGGCGCUGGUGUGUUCACUUCCAUGUUAAGAAGUUUCAGGACCACUUGGCACCAGACUAUUAUGAGACCUUAUUAAAUGUGGCCCGGGAGAAGCCCAACCCAGCCUCAAAGCAAAUCGAGCUGGACUUGCUGCGUACUUUGCCCAACAACAAACACUACGCCUCCCCAAGUGCAGCCGGCAUCCAGAAACUCAGGAACGUCCUGAUAGCUUUCUCCUGGAGGAAUCCAGAUAUCGGCUACUGUCAGGGACUCAACAGGCUGGCUGCCAUCGCCUUGCUCUAUCUGGACCAAGAGGACGCCUUCUGGAGCCUUAUCGCCAUUGUAGAAGUCUUCAUGCCAAGAGAUUACUACACCAAGACUUUGCUUGGCUCUCAGGUUGACCAACGUGUGUUCAAGGACCUGAUGAGCGAGAAGCUGCCCCGGCUUCAUGCCCACUUUGAGCAGUACAAGGUAGACUUCUCCCUCAUCACCUUCAACUGGUUCCUGGUGGUGUUUGUGGACAGUGUGGUGAGCGACAUUCUUUUCAAGAUCUGGGAUGCCUUUCUGUUUGAAGGUCCAAAGAUCAUAUUUCGCUUUGCCCUCGCUCUCUUCAAGUACAAAGAGGAAGAGUUUUUAAAGUUGCAGGAUUCCACAGCCAUCUUCAAAUAUCUUCGAUACUUCACAAGCACUAUCCUGGAUUCGAGGAAGCUGAUGAGCAUCGCUUUUGUGGACAUGAACCCGUUCCCCAUGAGGCAAAUCCAAAACCGCCGCUCCUUCCACCUGGAGAAAGUCCGCCUGGAGCUGACGGAGUUGGAGGCGAUCAGACAGACCUUCCUCAGGGAAAGAGAGACGAGUCAGGACAGACGGAGCUUCGGCAGCGACGAUGAGGAGGAUAACUGACCUUAAGCUUAAACACCUUUCCAGGCCAUGCGGCUGAAGUCUUAAGACAAAGAGAUCACCUCCACACAACAGUGAUGCGUUGCAGUUGUAAAGGGAUUUUUUUUUUUUAAAGAAUUGUUGGAGUUGGUCUCCGCAUCAAAGCUGGAACAAUCAACUUUAUACAAAUAUUGAGUAAAACUGCUUCAAAGGACCAAAACAUUACAAGCCGAAUGGGCUUUCUAUCAGUAUUCCUGCCAUUUUUUUUUUGUUAAUGCUUUAUUUGCUCUUUGCUUGUGUGUUUAUAUGAUGACGCAUGUGCACAGUUCACUUGUCUUAUGUCUCCUCCUCCAAUGCCAAGCUCAACACUUCAAUACUUCCAAUCAGUAUUUUUAAAAACAUGGCUGUGAUUUUUUAGUAGUUGGCGCUUUUACGCCUGUUGAAGGAAUGAUUGUUUUUUUUUUUUUUUGACUCAUUUUCAUUAGGAUUCUGUUUUUCGUAGUUCUCCUUGUCCUCAGUUUCAUUCUUAAUUGUCUCAUUGUGUCAAGUUUUCAACAUUGCCAUUCAGCAACACGUUCCUGUGCCUGUGGAUGAACUUGAAUCACUUAUGCUGAAAUUCAGAUUUUGCUGAAACGUAAAAAUUAAGUCUUAGAGCCUUCAGAUCACUAGGUAAUUUACAUAUCAUUCCAGAUUGUAUGUGAUUCAAAAGUACACAAAGAUUUGCGAUCAAACCCCUACAUUUUGUGAAAGACUGUGCCUUAAGGUUUUUUUUUUUUUUUUUUGUGGAUUAGGAUAAAAAUAACAAGAGGUGCACAAAUUAAGCUACUUUGCUAAAUGUAAAGCACAAGAAUAAUGCUGGGAUUUCUGAGCCCUUCCCUGAAUUGCUGAUGCAUUUGCAUUCAUUGUCCUCAGUGUGGCAGUAUAACACUUGUCUACCCAGUGUUUACAUUCAUUCGCAGGUACCAUUUAGUAUGCUGUACUUCAGCUCUGGAUGAAAUGGCUGUGAAGUCGGUCUGGCAGCGUGAUUGUUGUGUGAAAAUGGAGACUUGAUUUGUAAUCUGUGGGGGAAGUAUUUCAAGAGAUUGUUUGACAUGUGGAGCAACAUCUGUCUCUCUUCCACAUCUAGGUACUUACACAUGACAGUUUACUCUUAAGCACUGUGUCUAUUCUCUGUAAAACUUGUUUUUUAAUUCCCACUGUCCCAAACUAGAAUGAAAAAUAUCCUACACACACACACACACACAAAGAAACCAUGUUCAAAUUGGUUAAUCAACUGUUAAACUGUUGUUUGAGUACUUUUUUUUCACCUAGCCUUUUCUCUUGUGUGCUGUUAUAUUGUUUACAAAAUAUUAUAACUUUUAACAUUCUUUAUUUUGAGCUGUUUACAGAGAUUUCUUUGCUGUUAGUUUAAAAAAAAUGACCACAUUUUCUCUGCCACAGUAUUGUCAGCAGAGGCAUUUUGCAUACUGUCUUUGUUUGACCACCUGAGUUAGUGAACAAAUGGCAGAAUUACAGUUGUUUUGAUGAUAGAAAUGUGAAUGAUAAAAAAAAAACCUGUAAGAGAUAAAAUUAAGUUUUUUUCCUCAUGAGAGCUGGUCUCUCUAGGAAUCCAAAAUUUCAAUCUU